AUGUUCUCUUUAGCUUCUUCUGUAAGUAAUUAUUUUAGCAUGAGUGACAAGGAAGCCAACCUCGAGAAGUCGAUUUUCUCAUUACCCCAGGAAACCUUAGACAAGGUUCAGGGUAACCCAGCCAAAGUACUUGAAUUGAUUGAAGAACACUGUCCAGUUGCUAUGUUUCUUGGACGUGAAAAAGCAGAAAUCAUCAGAAAGGAAUUAACGAAAAGAAAGAAAUCUUCAAGUACAACUACUGAACCAUUGCUCUUCGCGGAGUUGGGCUGUUACAUGGGUUACUCUGCCCUUCUUUUGACCCAUUUACUUGAAUUAGACUCACCCAACGCAAACCCCAAAUCUAAAUACUAUUCCUUCGAAAUCAGUGAAAAGUUUGCAUCAAUUGCUCGUAAAUUCGUUAAACUUGCUGGAUUGGAAGAUAGAGUAGAGAUAAUUGUAGGACCAGCAGCAGAUACGUUAGUCGAAUUCGAGCAAAGAAUAAGAAAGGAAAACGACGGUAAAUAUACUCCUUUCGACUUUGUAUUAAUUGAUCACAGGAAGGAUCUUUACGUUCCAGAUCUUAGAAUCUUGGAAUCUUUGAAUUUGGUGGCACCUGGUACAGUCUUGGUUGGUGACAAUAUUAUUAGACCUGGAGCUCCGGAGUACCACGCAUAUGUGAACAUGACACCAGAAGAGAAGAGAGAGUACAACUAUGCAAACCCUAGUAUACACGGUAACAGCUUCAAUGGGAGAUGGAAUCUUGUGUAUGUGACUCAGAGCUUCGAAAGUGGCGGAUAUCACGGCCCUGGUUUAGACCAGAUCGAUGUGACUGAGUGUGUCGACUUCCUCAAUGGUUGA